ACCAUUUAUGUAGUUUACGCAAUCUGUUUCAGACUUUCAGUCAUUUACCCUUUUAGAUUUCUUUUUUCUUUUAUAUUUUAUAUCCCUUCAAAGAUUCAGAUUUUUCAAGAUCCUAAAAUCCCAAAGUCAGUCUUGCUCCACUGUGAAGAUACGUGCGUUAAGCGAAGUGCUUCGAUACCCUUGAAGAUUUCAACAACAAAAUCAUCCAAGAUUCUCAACUACUGAUUUGUUGUUCACCCAAAACGUGUUUCUGGGAGGUGGUUAGGUGGAAAUAAGGUGGUAGCAUUGAAUUUAGCAAUGGAUAGUUUAAAAGAGGACCAAUCAGAUACUCAAGCUAUUGACAAUAUAAAUGAGGAUGCACAGAACAUAAGUGAGAAAGAAGAUACAGAGAAAGAUAUGGCUCCGCCUGUCGGGAAUUCGAUUCAUCGAUCGGGUUCAAGACCGCAGCUUGAUCUUAGCGGUGCAGCAAUUCAAGGGAAUUUUGAAGAAAGAGACCCCACUAUUCUGUUGCCUAAUCAGUCUGAUGAUAUUUCUCAUUUGGCACUUGACAUUGGAGGAUCUCUUAUCAAGUUGGUUUAUUUUUCGAGACACGAGGAUCGAGCAGUCAAUGACAAGAGGAAAAUGUCAACAAAGGAGAGAUUUGGUGUUACAAAUGGUAACAGAAGGAGUUUUCCAAUUCUUGGAGGACGGCUGCAUUUUGUGAAAUUUGAAACGACUAAAAUUAAUGAAUGUUUAGAAUUCAUUCACUCGAAGCAACUUCAUAGAGGAGACAAUGACAAUGCGGUAAUCAAGGCUACAGGCGGUGGGGCGUACAAGUUUGCCGAUUUAUUUAAAGAAAAACUUGGAGUUGUAAUAGACAAAGAAGAUGAGAUGAAUUGUCUUGUUUCGGGUGCAAAUUUUUUGCUAAAGGCGAUUCGCCAUGAAGCUUUCACUCAUAAGGAAGGUCAUAAAGAGUUUGUGCAGAUAGACCAUAAUGAUAUGUACCCUUAUCUUCUUGUUAAUAUUGGAUCUGGUGUGAGCCUGAUAAAGGUGGAUGGAGAUGGGAAGUUUCAACGGGUUAGUGGGACAAAUGUCGGUGGUGGUACAUACUGGGGAUUAGGGAAACUGUUGACCAAGUGCAAAAGUUUCGAUGAACUGCUGGAGUUAAGUCAAAGGGGAGAUAAUAGCUCUGUAGACAUGCUUGUGGGGGACAUUUAUGGGGGAUUAGAUUACUCAAAGAUUGGACUUUCCGCAUCAACGAUUGCUUCAAGUUUUGGCAAGGUGAUUUCUGAGAACAAGGAGAUUGAAGACUAUAGACCUGAAGAUAUUUCUCUAUCUCUACUUCGUAUGAUAUCAUAUAAUAUAGGGCAGAUAUCUUAUUUAACUGCCUUGCAACUCGGAAUAAAGCGAAUAUUUUUUGGAGGGUUUUUCAUUAGGGGCCAUGCCUAUACCAUGGAUACCAUUUCCUUUGCAAUUAAAUUUUGGUCAAAAGGAGGUGCAGAAGCUAUGUUUUUGCGCCAUGAAGGUUUUUUGGGAGCUUUAGGUGCAUUUAUGAGUUAUGAAAAACAUGGAUUAGAUGAUUUAAUGGUUCAUCAGCUAGUCGAAAGAUUCCCAAUGGGUGCUCCGUACACUGGAGGAAAAAUUCAUGGGCCCCCACUUGGGGAUUUAAACGAGAAGAUAUCAUGGAUGGAGAAAUUUGUACGGAAGGGAAUUAAAAUAACCGCUCCGGUUCCAAUGGCUUCCCCGAGAACUACUGGUUUAGGUGGCUUUGAGGCCCCGUCUUCAAAAGGAGAUGCCCUUCGUUGUGAUGAAAGUAAUUUAAACGUUGGUGUUCUUCAUUUGGUUCCCUCAUUAGAAGUUUUCCCCUUGUUGGCUGACCCUAAAACCUAUGAACCAAACACCAUUGAUCUCGCUGAUCCCAAUGAGCUUGAAUAUUGGUUCACGGUGUUGUCUGAGCAUUUACCAGACCUUGUUGACAAGGCGGUGGCGAGUGAAGGUGGAACAGAUGAUGCUAGAAGAAGAGGUGAUGCCUUUGCUCGUGCAUUUUCUGCUCAUUUGGCAAGGUUGAUGGAAGAACCUGCUGCUUAUGGAAAAUUAGGCCUUGCGAAUCUUCUUGAAUUAAGAGAAGAAUGCUUGCGAGAAUUCAACUUUUUUGAUGCAUAUAGUACUAUUAAACAGAGAGAGAAUGAGGCAUCACUUGCUGUCUUGCCUGAUCUUUUAAUGGAGCUUGAUAGUAUGAGUGAGGAAACAAGACUUCUUACAUUAAUAGAAGGCGUUCUUGCUGCAAAUAUCUUCGAUUGGGGAUCCCGUGCUUGUGUUGAUCUUUAUCACAAAGGAACGAUUAUUGAAAUAUAUAGAAUGAGUCGCAAAAAGAUGCAAAGACCAUGGCGGGUGGAUGAUUUUGAUGCGUUUAAGGAAAGAAUGGGUUUUGGAGACAAGAAACCCUCUUUUCGUCAUAAGCGAGCUUUGCUUUUUGUGGACAAUUCAGGUGCUGAUGUUGUUUUAGGAAUGCUUCCCCUGGCCCGUGAGCUUCUACGCCGUGGAACUGAAGUUGUGCUUGUUGGAAACUCCCUUCCCGCACUAAAUGAUGUUACCGCGAUGGAACUUCCAGAAAUUGUUGCCGAGGCUGCCAAGCAUUGUGACAUUCUUCGUGGAGCUGCUGAAGCUGGCGGUUUACUUAUGGAUGCAAUGAGUAAUCCUCAAGAUAAUCCGAGUGAGAAGUUAUCUUCAACUCCGUUAAUGGUGGUUGAAAAUGGUUGCGGGAGUCCCUGCAUUGACUUGAGGCAGGUCAGCUCUGAGCUAGCUGCUGUUGCCAAAGAUGCUGAUUUGGUCAUUUUGGAAGGGAUGGGGCGUGCUUUGCAUACCAACUAUAAUGCUCGGUUUAAAUGUGAUGCUUUGAAGCUUGCGAUGGUGAAGAAUCAAAGGUUGGCUGAGAAGUUGAUUAAAGGGAAUAUAUACGAUUGCGUGUGCAGAUAUGAGCCAGCUAGCUAGUUGACAGUUGAAAUCUUUGGUGUUUCAUAAGCUAUGCUAUGCUAUACUCUUUUUUUUCUUUUGUAUUUCCGAUGAUCUUCGAAUCUUGUAUCUAUGUAUCAUAAGGCUCGAUUUCAGCCGUGAGAAUUUCAUGUUUUAAGCAAGAAUGUGGUCACAAAUUAUUACUAACUAUGCGGAACUGGUUCUAAUUAUAUACUUUAAUUGCCUUGCAA